CCGAAGCCUAUACGGGGUUUAUAUUUUGAGUCUGAUUUCCAAACCCUCCAAUUAGAUUUUGGUUCCCAAAUGGCGAGGCCUUCUUCCACCGUUCAUGCCCCCAAUCGACGAUUCCGUUCUGAUCACGAUAACGGCCGUUACUCCCCGCCGGACUAUGACAACUCACCCGACGACCGCCGCCACCGUCGCAGCCCCAGCUAUGAAAGGUACGACCGCCACCGAAAUAGCUCUUACUCUCCUGAUUACCCUAGCCCUAGGUCCAACGGAGGCCGAAGAUUCGGUCGGGCCGGGAACGACCGGUCUUACUCGCCUCGACGAAGCCCUAGGUCCAACGGAGGGCCGGAGUCUUUACCCAGGAGAUUCGGGCGCGCCGGGAACGAUAGGGACCGGAAUGGAAGGUGGCCGGAGUCGGAGGAGUCCGACGAGGAGCUGAAGGGGCUGAAUCUUGAGGAGUACCGAAGGCUGAAGAGGCAGAAGCUGAGGAAGGCGUUGAGGAGUUGUAUCUGGAAUGUGACGCCGAGCCCGCCGAGGAAUGAGAACGAUGAAUUCGAAUUGGAGGACAAGGCUGAGGAGAUUCCAGAGGUUCUUGGUGAAGAGAACAACGAUUCAGGCGAGAAAUUGAAGGACAAAGCCAGGAGUGAAUCGGAGUCGGAAUCGGAGGAUUCGCGGUCGAGAAAGAGGAAGAAGAGUUCGGUUUCUAAGCGUAGGAAGAAGAGUUCGAGAUACAGUGAUAGCGAAUCGGAGAGCGAGAGUGAUGAUGAGGAAGAGGAUCGCAGAAGGAGAAAGAAAUCUAGAACUAGGAGUAAGCGAAAGAAGAGCAGAAGAGAAAGGAGAAGAAGGAAGAGUAGGCGGAGCAGCGAUUCUGAUGAGAGUGAAGCAAGUGAUAGUGAGGAGGGUUCAGAUUCUUCUGAUAGGGUAAAGUCGAAGAAGAAGAAGGGAAAGGUGAGCAGUAAGAGUAAGAAGAAGAAGUACUCUGAAACGGAGAGUGAGGAUUCUGGUUCAGAGAAGAGUUUGGAUUCUGAAGUUGAUGCCAAGCCUAAAGCUCUAGUCGAAGUGGAGGAGCCAGAAAUGGAUGAGAAUAGUAUUGAGGCCUUGAAAUUGAAGGAAAUCCUUGAGGCUCAGAGGAACCCUUCUUUGGAUUUGGAUAAUGAACCUGUGGUUGGGCCAAUGCCCUUGCCUAGAGCCGAAGGGCAUAUUAGUUAUGGUGGAGCGCUUAGGCCUGGUGAAGGUGAUGCCAUUGCACAGUAUGUUCAACAAGGGAAGCGUAUUCCACGAAGAGGAGAAGUUGGUCUUUCUGCAGAGGAGAUUCAGAAGUUUGAGGGUCUUGGCUAUGUGAUGAGUGGUAGUAGGCACCAGAGGAUGAAUGCCAUUCGUAUUAGAAAGGAAAACCAGGUUUAUAGUGCUGAGGAUAAGAGGGCAUUGGCCAUGUUUAACUAUGAGGAGAAAGCAAAGCGUGAGCACAAGGUUAUGGCUGAUUUGCAGCGGCUGGUUCAGCGCCAUAUUGGACAGGAUGUUGGUCCUACUCACGAUCCCUUUUCUUCCAAGGCCUCUGAGGAUCCUGAUGAUGAUUAGUUUUAUGUGUCCUGAUGAGUGCUUAAUCUGAAGGAUGUUCUGCCGUAUUAUAUUAUCUAUAACAGGUAUCCAUGUUACUUGAUCAUUGCUUUGAUUAUGAUUAUUCCUCAGUUUGGUCAUCAUGGAAUUCUGUUAGCAUUGCAGAUGUAUAUAUCCCUUUAGCUUAUAUUGGAUUAGAAAUGUGGAUCACAGGAAGAUUGGUGUGUGAUUUUUCUUCUGUAAGAACAUGAACAUGUGGUGUCUAGCUUCCUUUCCAUCUGUACGUGUUUAAAUUUUCUGCAGUUGGCCCGUGAAGCUUUUUUUUUAGGCUUUUAAAUCUUGGCACCUAGGCAUUAAUUCCAUAUGCCUAGGUUCUCUCUGAUAAUUAAAAUGACAUAUGGGUAAGUUUUAUAAUCUUUGUUACUUUCAGAAAUACAGUUAAAAAAUUGGGUUUAGGUAAUUGUUCUAGUCAUUGAAGCAAAAAUUGUAAAAUCUGCUGCUUUAAGCUUUUUGCUGAAAGCAGCAUAUUUUUUAUUGUUGAUUCUGAGGUUAACCAUAGGAGAAGUCAUUCCUUUAUUGGAAAUGGGUCAGGAGCUGAAUAAUGAAACAAUGAUCACUGAGGAGUGAGGAUUCCACUUGUUGGAGGUUCUGAAUCUUUCUGGUUUUGUUUAAUAAUCUGAUGAUGGAUGUAGCUUUGCUUUUGAGACCGUUAGAGCAACCGAAGCUAAAUCCGGUAGCCACGAUGUCAAACUCACUGGAGGACAUUGAUCUUGGAGGAAUCAAACUCACUGGAAAGCAUGAGAUGAUGCAAUGGCUGUUUCAUCCAAGUAUGGUUUUUGAGAAUUGAUUGCAUUGGACUACUUGGCGUUGGAAUGGGUGUUGGGGAGGCGAGCCCCCAUUUGGACUCAUCAUCUAGGACAGUAGCAUCACUUACUAGCAGUCAUUCUGAAUCAAGCUUGGGCGAGAAGCCCUUGGAAAUUGUUGAGUGUUCUUAGGGUAAUUCAAGAACUGUAUACAGCUUUUUUAGCUAGAAAGUAAAUGUUGGUUUGACUGAAAUCUUUAAUUUUUUGGAAGUUUGUUGCUUAGAAGAUAAAGCUGUUGAACUCGGGUAUUU